UUAAAAUUAUAGGCUACUUGACCCAGUUAUCUAUAAUUCGAGGCUGACGCUUGGCUGGGCGGGCAACUCUGCCAAGUCUUGAGGAUAUAUGGAUAGAUGGGAGCACUGGGGCUGAGACGGUGUUUGCUAUCAAGAAAUUGAACCCAGAAGAUAUUAUUUAAACAUUUUAAGAAUCUCAGAGAUGGAAAAAAGGGAUGGUAGGUUUUUCCAUGAUUGCGUUGUUGGUCCUGCUAGGUCUCAUUUUGGGGUCUUCAGCUGCUUCUUGUGAUGACAGGCAGAAAAUGUGGACAAAGGCAAUGCUCUCAGGAGAAAUGAUGUCGUCAAUGAUGCUCAAUAGAGCUGGAUCCAUUGUCUUUCCACUUCAUGGGAAUGUUUAUCCUGCUGGAUAUUAUAAUGUUACUCUAAAUAUAGGGCAACCAUCAAAACCCUACUUUCUUGAUAUAGACACAGGAAGUGACCUCACAUGGCUCCAGUGUGAUGCUCCCUGUCGCCGAUGCACUGAGGCACCUCAUCCUCUUUAUAAACCCAGUAAUAACCUAGUGACUUGCAAGGAUCCUCUCUGUGCAUCUUUGCAGCCACCUGGUGACCACCAAUGUCAAGACACAGAGCAGUGUGACUAUGUGGUUGAGUAUGCAGAUGGUGGUUCAUCCCUUGGUGUUCUUGUCAAGGAUGUCUUUCUCCUCAACUUCACAAAUGGAAAGCGGCUUAAUCCUCUUCUUGCUUUUGGGUGUGGAUAUGAUCAGCUUCCAGGUAGAUCUCAUCAUCCCUUGGAUGGAAUACUCGGCCUUGGCAGGGGAAUAUCUAGCAUCCCAUCGCAGCUAAGUAGCCAAGGUUUGGUGCAAAAUGUGAUUGGCCACUGUUUAAGUGGGCGUGGUGGAGGAUUUCUCUUCUUUGGUGAGGAUACCUAUGACUCUUCUCGAAUAACUUGGACACCAAUGUCAAGUGAUCUUUGCAAAUACUACUCACCUGGAUUCGCAGAAUUAUUAUUUGAUGGGAAAUCUACUGGGAUAAGAAAUUUACGUACAGUUUUUGACAGUGGGAGCUCUUAUACUUACCUGAAUUCACAGGCAUAUCAAGGAUUAUUAUUUUCAUUGAAGAAAGAAUUAUCAGGAAUGCCCUUAGUUGAAACAGCAGAUCAAACACUACCACUUUGUUGGAAAGGGAAGAAACCUUUUAAAAGUAUUCAGGAUGUCAAGAAAUUUUUCAAGACCUUUACACUGAGCUUCAGAAGCAAUGGGAAGACUAAAACAAAGUUUGACUUCACCCCAGAAGCGUAUCUGAUCAUAUCAUCCAAGGGAAAUGCUUGCUUGGGAAUUCUAAAUGGUUCAGAAGUGGGGCUGCGCGAUCUAAAUGUCAUUGGAGAUAUAUCAAUGCAAGACAGACUGGUGAUUUACAACAAUGAGAAGCAAGUGAUUGGAUGGGCCUCUGCAAACUGUGAUCAGCUUCCCAAGUCCAAAAGCAAUUUUAUUUGGUAACGGUGACACUCCUGGUGAUCUCAACAUCAUAGGGUCCUAUCACAGAAACCAUCCGUGUAUGUUUGUAAAGAAAGCUGUACCGAGUCAUGUAUGCAUGCAUAUAUAGAUGUAUGACUAUAAGCUAUUCAACGGAGAUUCCCACACAACUGUAUUUGGGGAUACAUGCAAUUUGAAGUUUACAAAAGUACAAUGUAUUGAAGUUCAAAAUUUUGCGAAUGCAUCUACAGAUAUUUUGUUUUGGGCCAAGACUAGCCCAAGUA